AUGCUCGCAACCGGAAACGCUUCGAAGCAAGAGAAGCGCCCUCCGUCGGGUUCCGCUUUCGAGCGUGGUCGACGAAAGCGGUCAACAACGUAUACCUCCCGAACCAAGCUGCGGAAACCGGAAUCUCCAACCGAUGAGUUCGGAACCGCUGAACCGGGCUCAUGGGCGUCACUUGUCAAGUCUCGUCCGGGUUCAGUUGCCCUCUGGCUAAAAUACGCCGCAUCCGAAACCCAGAAACGUGGUCCCGAAGCCGGUCGAGAAGUCCUGGAGCAAGCCCUCCAGAGCCGGGAUCUCUACCGACAGGAGGCAUUGUGGCGUGCCUUGGCCACGAAAUAUCAGACCUGUUAUGAAGCGGCUCUAAAGAAGAUACGACAAGCUAUUCAGCUCCUGCCAAGAAGUGCGUCGCUCUGGGAACUGUACACAGAGCUUCGUUAUUUUCCAUCGGAGGUGCUGGUUCGCUGCCCGCUGGAUGAAUGCAGCGACGCUGACGAUCGUACACAAGUGCCACUCUUUGUUCAUUUCGAACAAGAAUGGCUCACCGCUUUGCAAGAAACACACGCAAGUCUAGAAGAAAAGGAGCAUGUGUAUCUCAUCUGGGCCGCAACCUUGCGGCGGCUACAGAACACGCAAGCAUCCUCCUGCAGCCGUGCUGAGAACCUGGAAACUGCAGCGCGUGAUUUUCCCGAAAAAAACAUAGAUGCUGUCGCACGGGCGUCGUCCGGGGAAACGAUCGCUCAUGCUGUGCUUCUACGUGGAGCGCGUUGUCUUCGUUCAGCUCGUUUAUGGAAAUACUUCCUGGAAAGCGCCGUAUCACUAAGCGGGAACGACGACCUGGCCCUGCUCGAGGAGGCCAUGUGCAGCGUCCCGCCUCUACGCAAUGAUUCAUGGUUCUGCGAUGUUCUUCGAGCGCGCCGUGAGCGCUGGGCUCUUGAACGCGAUACAAGGACGCUUGCGAGCCACGUCGAGCGUUUCCCUACAGAUCCGGAAGCGUGGCUCAUGUUUGCCGAACACUAUCGAUCUGUGUACGCUGAUGAAACCCAAGCGGAAGCGAUUUUGUUGACUUUCUUGCAGUACGGCUUUUCUCAAGCACCUGGUGACUCGGUCGCCCGCUUCAUUGCUACCUUGCUGGAUCAAUCUUGGUCCCGUACGAGGAGCCUUGCUCGAGUGCGCGCUUUUCAGGAGAGCGCCCUUGCCUGUGCAAGCGAUCGAGCCGCUCGAGAUGCUAUUUUUCGGGAAUCUUUGCGAUUUGAGCGCUACAAAGCAGUCUGUCUGGAGCGAUGUAGGGAGCUGUUUCGUCGUUGGCUCGCGGAGGCUCCGCAUUUAGCCUCGGUUUGGGCAUCCUGGGCGCAGCUCGAACGCGAGGUGGCGAAGGUGCCGGCCAACGCUGUUCUGGUACUGCAGGUCGCCGUGGAUUUGUUUCAUGAGGCAUUUGAGCUGCAUCCAUCCGGUGAUGCGAUGUGUCGGCAGCGUCAAAUGCUGCAGAUUCUGGCGCUUUGGAGAUCACUGAUCGAUUCGCGCCUUGCGGAAUGCUCAGAUCCGCAGCAGCAACAGGACGCUCUUCGGAGCGCUUACCGAGUCUUGUUGAACAGAUAUUCCAAUUCGCUUGCGGUUGUUUGCUCGUAUGCAGCAUUGGAAGCUUUUACUGGCGAAGGAGGCCUUGAUUCGGCGCUGGAAUUCUUGCGUCAGAGAAGACUAGAGGAGCACUGGCCUCCAGAAGAUCAGCUGCGACUAACUGAAUUCGUAGCGGCGUUACGGAGAACACACGCCGCGGUGAGUCGGCGGAUACGAGCUCGUCUCUGGCAAGAUAUCCGCGAUCCGUCUGACUAG